CAACAAUGAUGAUUGUGUAGAUCUACAACGUGUAGAAAGUGAACUUUUUACAAUUUUUAGUUUGCGCUGCAAAGCCUGAGUCUGUACUGACUGCACAGCCAGUCAAAGUCAUCAUACUGAUUCAUAGCCUAUCGAAUCGAAGUGCAGUUUUCAGGACCCUCCACCGCAUUUUGGAGUGCUCUAUGCUGCGGUCGUAGAUCUACACCCACGCCACACUACGGUCCGGGCCUACGCAGGCACACUACGACGAGUGUGAUUUUCCAGGCAAGUAGUCUUGAGUUACGGUGGUCAAACGAGCGCAUCUGUGUGUGUGCAUAUGGGUGACGGAACUGAAAUACUCUACCGGAUCGUUCCGCCGACUGGUUUUCAGCCUGGCCCUCUGGCCUUUUCGCCAUCUUGCGAAACGUAAACUGUGAACGGAGUGUCGGAUUCACUAGCGGGAGCUGCUGUGGAAAUAGCAGAAGUGCGCGCUGUCCGGAAGCGGAAUUAGGAGUGUCCGGAUCGUCCGAGCGCAGGCCGAGAUAUUGCCCGUGACGACGGUGGACGGAAAGGACGGCGACGGCCAGCCGAACGUCUGGAGGCUCGGUAGAGUUUGCCUUGUCACUGUGGCCGUAGCGUGCCAUGAAGGAGUGUCGGGUGGUGCUCAUGGGAUGUGGCGGCGUGGGCAAGAGUGCGCUGGCGAUACGCUUCGCAACCGGCGAGUUCGUGGCAAGCUACGACCCGACGAUCGAAGACUUCUAUCGACAUCCGAUUGCGGUUGACGGUCUGGGCACGGUCUCCAUGGAGAUCCUGGACACGGCCGGCACGGGUCAGCAUUACAACAACAACCGGCACCUGUACAUCACUUCGGGUCACGUGUUCGCGCUUGUCUACAGCGUGGCGUCGCGCGAAUCGCUAGACAGCCUGCAGGAGAUCUACCGCGACGUGGUGCGUCUGCGCCGUUCCUCCGGCACGCCCAUCAUCAUCGUCGGCACCAAGUGCGACGUCGGCCUUGAGCAGCGGCAGGUUGCCGUUGACGACGUGCGGCAGCUGGUGCGCAAGUCCUGGGGCGUCAGCCGUCGCAACGUGCCCAUCGUCAUGGAGACGAGCGCCAAGGAGGGCAAGAACGUCAACGAGCUGUUCGGCCACAUGGCGCGCCUCUCGCUGGUUGCCAUGGUGAGAACGCUGGCGACUCGGUCGAAAAGCAUGCCGCAGCCGUUGGGAACGCCGGAAAAGCAGAGCAAGCGAAACUCGGCACCUGUCGGCGGCCUUGCGGCGGUGGCGUCUCCAAGACAUUCGCUUCUGUCCACGGGCCCGUCCACGGCCCUAAUGGGACUGGGCACGUUCUCUCCACCGGUGUCGCGUGGCGGUACGCUGACUGCGAUUCACGUGGGAUCACCGGGCACAAGCAAAACGCAUACGUUGCGAUCGACACGAUCGACAAGAUCCACGUGGCAGAAAACUCUCUGCACCAUCUUGUGAGAUCGGAGUGUGCCAGUGCUUCGAGAUCUCCGUGAAUUGGUGUCUCGUUAGAAAUGCACGCACGCCGACAUGUCGAGUGAACACCGUAAUUGAUGUCCUGAUGUCUUCAAGCGCUAGGUGGCAUCCAACAGCUAACUUGACCUUUCGUGAGUGACUGCUGGUAACCAUGGUGCGGUGAGACUAGUUCAUGCUACUACUGAGUAAGGCUGGUUCCGUUUGUUCAGUAUGCUGUCGUCUCCUAGUGGUCCAGCGCUGUUUUGUGCAUUCUGCAUGGAUUGCUAGCGCUGCUGGCUGCAUCCGCUCAAGGAGCUCCAUGCUGUGUUUGCCGAAUAAUGGCCGUGUUGUCAAUAGACUGUUACAAGAUCAUUCUCAUAACACAAUCUCUCCAGGCUGCUACAGCAUCACUAAGGCAUCGGCAGUCGGGUUACCGCCAAUCCCAGGCCAUUGCAAUGUCAGCAAGACAUCGUCAGCCGACUUCCUGAUUCAGUUCGUCCAGCGAUGCAUUCCAUGAUGUUCAGACUAGACACCACACUAACCCCCUGCGUCAUGUGACCCAAGGUCACUUUGGGCCAAGUCUAUUCUCCUUCACCUGGCAUGUGAACGAACUGCUCGUCCGCUUGAUCUAGUUUACCACCACAUCAUCAACUGUAUAUAAUUUUCUCGCUACUAUCUUUAUCAUACUCUCACUGACGAAACGUCCUGGGAUUACUGAGCCGGUCUUAUGUUGGAUAGUCGUAUGCUCACCACUUGAUAAUAUUCUAACCAUUUGAUCGGGUGUGGACUGCUGGAUCCACAGGGCGUAAAUUUUAAACAGUCCUAUACUGGGCAUUAUGCGUAUCUAGUCGAUACGGGUCGUUGAGCUAGCACGAUAGUGAGCGUGAUCCUAGAGUGCACGAAUGCAUCUCGUUUCUCAUUCAUUAUAGCUGAUAAUUAUUGUCUUCAUUGCGCAAGAAUCCGUCUUCUCUAGAAAUAACUCAUUUAGUUGAUCUUUGCCUGCAUUUAUAACUAUUGAACAUUUUGGAACUUGACCCAUCUCAUGGUUUAAGUUAAGUAUCAGUCAAUUCUAUGAGAUCCACGAUGAUAUCCCACACUGGUUGUCGUUCUAAGGGAGCUGGGUACGGUGUA